GAAGGAAUGCAGGUUUGAUCACAGCUUCCACUCGGACCACAAUCUCUGUGUUCUAAAACAGCAUGGACUUGAAAAUUUAAACAGUGAUGAACUUCGCCAGCUUCUCCUUCAAAAUGACCCUUCCCUGUUACCAGAGGUCUGCUUGCAUUAUAACAAAGGUGAUGGACCUUAUGGAUCUUGUACCUAUAAAAAGAUCUGCACCAAGCUGCAUGUUUGCCAGUACUUUUUGUGGGGACAGUGCAGAUUUGGCAGCCUCUGCAAGCGAUCCCAUAACUUACUGAAGUCAGAAUGUUAUGAGAAACUGGAGAGACAGGGAAUGAGCUCAGAAAUUAUUGAGAAGCUACCCUCCAUUUAUAGGAAUAUGUAUGACAUAAAAAAUGGCAACAGCAACAUAUAUGACAUAGAAGAUGCCAAGUCUUCAUGCAGAGAGAGAAAACAGAGCUCUGGCCAAGUGUCCUCAACUACAAAUGAUGAGAUGGAACAGAUCUGUUUAUAUAAUCUCUACAGAAUUUGUGGCUUUAAAGACAAGUGCAUCCGAACUCAUUUUCACUUGCCAUAUAGAUGGCAGAUCUCUGAUGGUAAUACCUGGAAGGACUUGAGGAAUAUGGAAGAAAUAGAAAAAGCGUAUUGUGACCCAAAUAACGCCAGAUUCCAUACUGCUGUUACUGAAAAUGCCUCUGUCUUGUCAUGUAUCUGUUUUCUGAAUAUGAAGUGUGGGUUUGCAAAGGUCAGACGUCUUUCUACAGCCUCCUCUGUGACCAAACCCCCUCACUUCAUUCUUACAACAGAAUGGAUCUGGUACUGGAAAGAUGAAUAUGGCGAGUGGCAGGAGUAUGGAAAAAAAGAUGAUGAUCAUGAAGCUGCCACUGUCUCCAGUGAAGACGUGGAGAAAGCUUAUAUAGACAAAGCUUCUCCAAAGCUGAACUUCAAAGCUGGAAGACACAAAUACGAACUCAAUUUUGAAGCCAUGAUUCAGAAGAACCUUCGCUAUGCAACAGAGAGAAAGAUCUGCAGAAGACCUAAAUUUGUCUCUCAGACUGAGGUAGAAAAGAUAAGAGCCAGGGGCUUUAAACACACAGAAGGGUUUAGAGGCAUUCCAGCUCACUGGGACAAAUCUGCCCUGCCUGAAUGGGGAUUCAAGCUGAUUGAGCUUGACAAGUCUUCUGAAGAAUACAAUAAAAUCAAGGUGGACUUUCAACGCACAAUGCCCAAAACGGUUAUUAAAAGGAUUCGCAGAGUUCAGAACCCAUCUCUCUGGGAACUCUAUCAAUGGCAGAAGGAACAAAUGCAGAAGAGAAAUGGUGGAAAGGCUGCAGAUGAGCGACUCUUGUUUCAUGGGACCAGUAAAAAAUAUGUUGAAGCCAUCUGUCAGCAAAACUUUGACUGGAGGAUCUGUGGCCUUCAUGGGACGGUCUACGGCAAAGGAAGCUAUUUUGCGAGGGAUGCAUCUUAUUCCAACAACUACUGCAGGGAAGACUCAAACACCAAGACCAUGUUUCUGGCACGGGUACUGGUGGGGGAGUUCACUCUUGGUAGUUCUUCGUAUGUUCGGCCUCCCUUGAAGGACAACAAAAACUUCUACGACAGUUGUGUCAAUUGCUAUUUGCACCCUUCUAUCUUUGUCAUCUUUGAGAAACAGCAGAUUUAUCCAGAGUAUCUCAUAGAAUACAUUGACCACGCAUUGGCAAAAAUGCUAUAG